AUGACCACCAGAAGAAGGUUGGUUUUGGCAGCAGCUGUUUUGUGGGUUUUGCUGCUCUUCGGCAUCUUAUUUACUCGAUUUGGCGACGAUGGGGCUCUGCACGAGCCAAAAAUUGGCAAAAGCGAGAUCCUUGAGGAAGAGGAUUUGGAGCAAGUGACCCACAAAGUUUACUUCGAUAUCGAAAUCAACGGAAAACCCAUUGGUCGCAUAGUCAUGGGUCUCUUUGGAAAAACAGUUCCUAAAACCAUAGAGAAUUUUCGAGCACUUUGCACGGGGGAAAAAGGAACUGGAAUGAGUAGGAAGCCUCUUCACUACAAAGGAAGUGCCUUUCAUAGGAUUAUUCCCAGCUUUAUGAUACAGGGAGGCGAUUUUACUCUUGGUGAUGGACGAGGUGGAGAAUCAAUUUACGGCGAUAGCUUUGCAGAUGAAAACUUCAAACUACAGCACACUGGGCCAGGUAUUUUGUCAAUGGCAAAUGCCGGGCCAGACACGAAUGGAUCGCAAUUCUUCAUUACAACUGUCAAAACUAGCUGGUUGGAUGGGAGGCAUGUCGUAUUCGGCAAGGUGCUUUCUGGAAUGGAUGUUGUGUACAAAGUUGAAGAAGUAGGAGGACAGAAUGGGGUGCCUAAGAGUAAGGUUGUCAUUACAGACAGCGGCGAACUUCCAUUGUGA